AUGAUUGCGAGAAAGGACCCAAAGCUGGCUGGCAAGCUCUGGAUCCGAGUUCGGGGGGAGAUCGAGCCCAUUACCAUCUGUGCACCAGCUGGGAAAUAUCUGCUCAAUGCCGUCAGGACUGAGAGGUACUUGGAUGGGGAUACUCUCGUUCUCUGUAUGUGCUCCGAUGAUUCUGCUAUUCGUGGAGAAGAUCGCUUUGGGGUACAAGCUGCGCUGCGGAAGUUUAUACUAGGUAUUGAAGUUGUCGAUAUCGCGUACCAUAGUUGGGCCGGUGAUGAAUUUUCCAAGGGAGGCUGGAUGAUGAGCCACCCUGGUUGCUUUAUUCCCGGUGCCGUGGUACUUCGACAACCGCAUGGUAACAUUCAUUUCGCAGGAAGUGACAUUUCUGCAAGCGAAGCAGGCUCUAUUGAGGGCGCUCUGUCAAGCGGCGCACAGGCCGCUUGUGAUGUCUCUAUUAAAUUGGCCAAAAGACGGCCGGAGCUCUAA